GAGAGAGAUGUCCAAAUCAACAGAUUACCAGGAAGGGCAACACCCAUUUGCUAGCAGAAACAGAGAAACACCUGAGAGCUUUUCGGGUGAGGCAGGCAGCAAUGGCAGCUGCGGGUGUGGGCAGGGAUCUCUGCGAGGAAGCCACUUGUUCCAUCUGCCUGGAGUAUUUCACGGACCCCGUGACCAUUCCAGAAUGUGGGCAUAUUUUCUGCCGAGCCUGCCUGACCUCGUACUGGAGAGAGGCAAAGUUUUCCUGCCCUCUUUGCAGAGAAACUGUUCCGCAAAGGAACUUCAUCUCAAACUGGCAACUGAAAAGUGUUGUAGAGAUAGCCAAGAAACUCAGUCUCCAGGGAGGAAACAUCAAGACAGAAGGAGAGGAGAGAGUCUGUGAGAAACACCGAGAGCCCCUGAAACUCUUCUGCAAAGACCAUGAAGGUCUCAUUUGUGUGGUGUGUGAUAGAUCCAAGGAACACAGAAACCACACGGUGAUUUCUCUGGAGGAGGCUUACGAAGAGUACAAGGGUCAGAUCUGCAGCCUUCUAAAGACUUUGAGGAAGAAAGAGGGAAAAAUGCUGACAUAUAAAGCAGACAUAGAAAAGGAAAGCCAGGAUCUGCUUGAGCAAAGAAAAGCAGACAAGCAGAAGACGAUGGCUGAGUUCAGACAACUGCACCAGUUUCUGGAAGAGCAAGAGAAACUUUGGCUGGCCCAGAUGGAAGAGCUGGAGAAGGAGAUGGCGAUCAAAAGGGAUGAGCACCUGGCCACACUCUCCAAGGAGCUCUCCUGUUUGGCAAGUUUCAUUCAAGAGAUGGAGGAGAAAUGUCAGCAGCCAGCGAGUGAACUCCUGCAGGAUGUUAGAAGGACCUUGGAGAGGUGUGAGAAGGAGGAGAAGAUGUAUGAGAAGAAGAAUCCAGUGGCUUUUCCUCCAGCCCUGAAGUGGAGGAUCUGGGACUUCUCUGACAUAAGCGCCUUUCUGGAGGGUGUCAUGAAGCAGUUCAAAGACACUCUGGUAUCUGGACUACCCCUGCAGAAAGCAAACGUCGUUUUGGAUCCGGACACAGCAUAUCCCUGGCUCAUUGUGUCUGAGGAUCAGAAAAGCCUCACACUUGGAGACAAAUAUCAAGAUCUGCCCCAGAAUCCUGAGAGAUUCAACUUCUGGCCUUGUGUGCUGGGAUGUGAGGGAUUCACAGCAGGCAGACAUUCCUGGGAAGUUGCUGUGGGAGCUGGCAACGGAAAUUGCAAUGGUCAGCAUGAUCUGUACAGCAAUGCGCAAGUUGGGGAAGGUGGCGUCAUAUCCAAAUUGAACUAUAAAUUCGAGAAGCUGUUCCGGUCUUGCUACUCUCAUGUCGGUCCGUGCUGCUAGCAACAUUCUGCAGACCAAAAUCUCGUCAUAUAGCUCCACAUCAACAUCAGUGCUGUACAUUUUGCAGAAAUUUUCACAGUUCUUCUUUAGGUUCUCUGUGUCAGCACUGUAGCACAGUCCCUCGAUAUCGAGAAGGAACCCAAACUUGGCAUCAGUGUCAUGCAGGCGAGUGAACCUUUCACCCAGUUCUCUGUUAAGACGGUCGAGUGCUCCCUUCAUGACUCUUUCCAUCUCCUCCCUAGCUGUUAGCCCAGCGUCUCUUGAUUUCUCACCAGGCAUUCGUUUUUUCCGUCUCGGACGUCUUUCAAAGUCGACAUCCCAUUCUUCAGAGACGAUGUCCUAUGUUGAGUGCCUCACUGACCAGCACUUCUCUCACACCAUGAAAACAAUCCUGGAGGGCUUUCAAAUGCACAGCAGCAUUGUGGAAGUUCAUUUUAGGAUCCUGCAGCCUCUUUUGAACACUGUCAAUUCGAGCGAGGAUCUUAUUCCAAAAACCUAGUAGAGUCAGAAAUUCAUAAGUCAACAAGUGGCUGCGCAGCAGCUUUGCAUCACUUCUGCUUUCAACGUUCUCAUCUUCAUCAUCUCUCAUGUCCUGAAGAACUUGAAGUAUCUUCUCCAGGUGAUUGUUGACUGGCUUCACUGCUUCCGUCCUUGAACUCCACCUGGUUUCAGACUCUGACUUAAGAGACACAGGCACGGCGUCUCUGAGUCUUUGCCAGCGCUGUGUUGAGUGAGAAAAAAAACACGUAGACGGAAUCAAUGGUUCCAAAAAAUGACUCCAUCUCCACAUCCACUUUGGCUGCAUGUACACCCACCAAGUUGAGUGAAUGAUUGUCGCAAUUCACAAACACUGCCAGCUUGUUUUUCUCAUGUAUCCUUCGGGCAACACCACUUCUGUGUCCAGUCAUCACAGCAGCAUUGUCAUAGCACUGUGACCGACAAUCUUGCAGCUCCAUUCCGUCCUUCUCUAACUUUUCCAAAAUGUCUUUAGUCAAGCUCUCAGCAUCCUUCCGGCUUACCUGGAUAAAACCAAGGAAGGACUCUCUCACAUGGACUAUAUUCCUCUCAUAAUCAAUUUCUACAUAUCGAACUACUUGUGACAUCUGCUCACGGUGUGCCAGGUCAGGAGUCGAGUCGAACAUGAGGCCAUAGUAUUUUGCUUUGCGAAUGCCUCCCAGUAGACUCUUGCGAACAGUGGAUGCCAUCAGGUGGGUGAAUUCAUUCUGGACUGCCGGUGAGAGAUAAGAGGUGGAUCCAGGAUGACUUUCCACAUGGGUCAGGUGUUCUUUCAUGACUGGGUCACAAGUAGCCAAUAGUUUUACUAAGCCAAGGAAAUUUCCUACAUUGGCGUCAUAUCGCUGAAGUGACUCCCUAUGUCCUCGCAAAGCCAGGUUCUGAGUUGCAAGGUAUUUGAUGCAGUUAAGGAUUCUUGUCAAGAUUUCGCGCCACCUCUGCUUCUCCUUUUCAAUCUGUGACCGAAGUUCCGCAUCAAUGAGUCCUCUGUUUCCAGCUAUAUUUCUCUCCAUUUCUAUCCACUGUGCGAAGCACUCCAGAUGAUUCUUGGCAUUCUCAUGAACAGGAAUCCUUUCAGGUUUUUUCCAGUUGUUGAAUCCACUUUUCUGCUCCAGUGUUGACUGAUGCUCUGAUCGGGAAAAGAGAAGACAGCAGAAGCAAAAUGCCGACCUCUUAGAAGGGGAAUAGAGCAGCCAUGGGCGAGUCACCUCCGCACCACAGCCACCUCCCAAUCUCUUCCUGAACCAAGUCUUGUUCAUCGCACAGUUUUUAGAUGGUAGGAAAGGCCCCUCAGAGUUCUGGAAAUACUUUGCACCCAGCUUUAUCAUUUCUUCUCUCAGCAUGUCAGGGAUAAUCGGUCUUCCAGUUGCCUUGUCAAACUGCAGAAGUCCGAUGUCAUGCCGCUCAAUCACUUCCGGCCUAACGGUUAGAGGCUCUUGGUCAGUAUCCGGUUCACUGCACAUAGUGUCCUCCUCCUCCUUUGGGUUCAGUCUCACUCUCAUCAGUAGACUCGACAUCACCACUGGCUUCCCCUCCUGUCACGUCCACACUCUCUGUGGCAGCCUCCUCAUCUGGCUGGACUCCCUCCUCCACUUGGGGCAGAUGUGCACUUGAUCCACCUUCAUCUGGCUGGACUUCCUCCUCCACUUGUGCUGGCGACUCUGUGGGAGGUGGUGUGGAGCUACUUGUCCCGGGCCUUGUAAGGAAUGACUCGAGGACCCUGCUCGACCUCUGGGCUUCCUCUGCCUCCAGCCUCCGCCUCUUCCGUCCUGCAGCUCCACUUGCCUUCCUCGGUGGCAUGAUGAUGUUCGAAUCUCUAAGGGAAUGUGUUCAUUAUGUCAACAUCCCACUCUUCCUCCAAGGAGCCCUAUGCCCUAUGCACACCUAUGUCUGCAUUUGACACCCCGGGUUACACAAUAAUGCUUUCCAGUAUACUGGAAUUCUUGAGAGCCAGCACACCCCCACAACUGUUUCUGUAUUGAAGUCUGGGCAUAGCAAGUUUGUAGUGGGCCCAGAGACAAGAUUUUAAAUUCCUCCCCCCCAUCAAUGCAGCUCAGCACAUGAAGUCAAGCAAUAUUGACUUCAUUAAUAUCAAAUUAAUUCAUUUACAAUAAAUUACACUGCUUAACAUCAAAUUGCAUUUGACUUAGAAAGGUUUGCUUUACUUACAGUUGGCUGGUUCAAAGUGCUGGUUUGUGGUUGGUUGUGUGCCUGCAGUUCCAGUCAGCAGAGGUGCUAUUAUUGUUUUUUGAGAGAAAAUAGUAUUUAUUUUUUGUAUUUGCUGUCCCCUAACAUAGUUAGUAGCCUCAUUCUACCCAGAUGCUUGCAGCACAAACAGCUGGCCUAAUUUAAUCUCUCUCUUAACCACCCUUAUGUCCACUGGCAAAUUGAAGGAACUCCUCCUGUUAGCUAUGUGGCUGGCACAGACUGGCGUCAAAAAGGCUGCUUUAUACUGAGUCAGACCAUUGGUCCAUCUAGCUCAGAAUUGUCUGCACAAACUGGCAGUGGCUUCUCCAAGGCUACAGGCAGGAGUGCCGUUCAGCUGUGUCUUGAAGAUGCGAGGGAGGGAACUUGGAAGCUUCUUCAUGCAAGCAUGCAAGUGCUCUUCCCACAUCAUGCAGUGCUUCACACAUGUAGUCUCCCAUUCAAAUGCAAACCAAGGUAGACCUUGGUUUCAUGCUUGCAACCAAGAAGUGCAUAUGUUGAUUAUGGGUUGUGUGGAAAAAGCACUUCCUUUUUUCAGACCUAAGUUUCAUGGGAGGAUCCCCUGGUUCUAGUGUUAUGAGAGAGUGAGAAAAAUUUCUAUCAACUUUAUAUAAAUUGAUUAGAUAGAUAAAUUAAGUGCUGUCAAGUCGGUGACAACUUUAUAUACCACUCUUCAACCAAGGUUCUCAAAGCGGUUUACAUAGGAAAAACAAAUAAUACAUAAAUAAGAUGGUCCCUGUCUCCAAGAUCAGUUGUCUUCCACAUACAGCCACAUAAUUUAUGGCAAGGCCCAGAGGCUUGAAAGCUAAUCCCUGACAUAGAAUCAUAGAGUUUUAGAAUUGGACAGAUGAGGUAGAACUAAGUACUAUAUUUGCCUGAAUCCAAUACUAGGUCCCCCCCCCCAAUUCUUUGAUGUUAUAAAUCAUCUUAAAUUUGGAGUCCACUUCCUUUUGGGUAAUAUAGGUAGAACUUGCAUUUAACCUCUAUUGCUUAAGGGACUCAUCUGAAAUUCAGAAUUGUAUUUGGGUAAAUACGGUCUUUACAUACGAUAAAAUAGCCUAGAAGACUUUAGAAUAAUCUACCUAAUGAAAAAUGAUACUAAUGCCUAUGGACAUCCCGUGUGGAUGAGAAGAUAUUUUUCUGAAUAUGCUGGGCAUUCCUGAUGUCAUGGUGAAAGCUAGUGAUGGAAUCAAAGAUGCCUACAACCUGAAAUAAGGGAAGUGGGAUUUGAUGGAUGCUUAAACACUGCCACAUGGACCUGGCUCUGCAACAGAUAAAUACGCAUGACUAGUAGGGCACUAUCAGCAAGUGAAGCAUUCAGAAAUAGCAGAAGUUCUAUAUAAAAAUGUAAUGCCUCAGUAAUUAAGCAUUACACUUAAUUUUGAGCUGCUACGCUUUUCCAUUAAGCAGUGCAGCAUCAACAUUCAUACAGCUGCAGUGAAAUUGUAUUCUGCAUCAACUAAAAAGAAUAUAAAAUGACAUAAUCACAGGUGGGAAAGUAAAGUCCAGACUGUUCCACUUAGAAUCUGCCAGUCAGAAAUCACUUCUGUGUAACAAAGACAUCAACCACAGAACUCGGAAUUUUCUCUGGAUUGAUAUCCAAUUAUGAUUUGUUCAUCAUGUAUAUAUCAUGAAGUGAUAUGUACAGUCUACUAUGUUUUCAGUUUGGUGUUGGUGUACUGUCCAAAUUAAACUGUAAUGAAUUUGAGGUUAUGAUGGUGAUUAUUGCUGGCUUUCUAUUGUUUUGUUAGGCUAAUAGUUCAGGAGGCCAAUGGAUGUUUCUUAAGGUGAGAUAAUAGUUGAUAAAUUGACUGGGAGUAUCUUUUAAUGAGGGACUUCCCUAGAAGGUGAGGGAAUUAAUCAGUAUCUUGUAAGAUAGCAGUAUCCUUCCUUUGGUGAGAGGGACUGAUAUGUGAGUGUCUAAAGAACAAAACAAGCAGCUUGAGACAGGCAGGCAGCCUCUGUGUGGAGAUUGAGAGAGUGACUGUUUUUGAGGGCUUGGGAUGGAAAAGCUGACGAAAGAACAGAAGCAACUUGAGGUGCAGGACCAUUCUCUGGGGAACUGGUGUAAUCAAUUUAUUAGCCUUCAUACUCUUGGUUGUUCACACAGGUAUCAAGUCUUUGGUUCCCAUGUUUAUCAGAAACAACUAUUGUGUCAUCUUCUUGAAGUUGUUUGUUGUUGUUUUUUUGUAUCUGCAUGACAAUCUGUCUCCAGUGAUCCCUGCAAAUAUAUAAAAGAUAACUACUGUUCCUGACACUAAGAGAUAUGCUACUAUGAGUGGAGUAAAAAUAGCCUCGCUUUCUGUAUACUUCACAACUGCAAGGAAAUGGGAAGAUGCAACACAGAGUUCUCUCUCUGUGCUGUGACUGCAUUUAUGACUGCAGUGGCAGCAGAAGGGCCCUGUUCUGAAUGUCUGUUGGAACUGAAUUAUUUUUACUGUAGUUAUUCACCCUAAGCUCCACUAAGCAACAGUUAGGCAGGUUCUGGGAAAUGCUGAAAAUCAUAUUUCUCCCAUUUUUGUAAGUCUAAAAAUAGUUUCAGUUUUAGACAGACGUGUCCCCUCUUUCCAUUUUCCCUCUUACUCCAAAUGACCAUUGAACUCAGUAAAACCCCACUAAAACUUUUUAAUAUGUUGAGAAGAGAAUGGACUUUUUCUCAAAUAGCAGCAUAGUACUCAGAAGAAGGGCCCUGUUCUGAAUGUCUGUUGGAACUGAAUUAUUUUUACUGUAGUUAUUCACCCUAAGCUCCACUAAGCAACAGUUAGGCAGGUUCUGGGAAAUGCUGAAAAUCAUAUAUCUCCCAUUUCUGGUUACCAAAAAUGGUAACCUUGUUACCAUUGAUGUCUAUCCAAUUCAUUUCAAUAAGAGCAGAGGCGUAACU